GCAAAACGGCCCACAAGCCCCUCGGCACGCUUUCCCCUCAUAUUAAUUUGGGCCCUGUGAUACCCAACCGCGGGUAAGUAGAAGCCAUUCUUUAGAGAUGGUCCCGUGAGCAGUACUGCAUUUAUUUCUUUUUGAAAGGAGGCUAGCUUCGGGAUAGUGCUUUCUUCAUAAACCCCAGUUGUUUGCGUCACUAUAAAGAGGAAGUGCUCCCUCUCCGCGGUCGCUCUGCCGAUUCCCUACCAAAACCUCACACUGCUCAACAUGGCACCGUCUCUUCGUCUACAAGAUAAAGUCGCUAUUGUAACUGGCUCCUCUUCCGGCCUCGGUCGAGCUAUUGCUGUUCGGUAUGCACAGGAAGGCGCAAAGGUAGUCUGUGCUGACCUCUCGCCGACUGCCCGAUCACAGGAGGAAGCUGAGAUCACAACGCACGAGUUGAUAAACAAGAAUGGCGGGAGUGCGAUGUUUGUGCAAACUGAUGUUGGUGAUGCGACACAAAUGGAGAACUUGAUUCAGGCAGCUGUCAAAGCGUAUACCAGGCUUGAUAUUCUAGUCAACAACGCCGGGAUCAGCAUCGAGGCACGGACACCUGCUGUGCUACAUUUAACUGAUGAAGCCACAUGGGACACGACGAUGCGCGUGAAUGCCAAGUCUGUGUUUCUGGGUUGCAAAUAUGCUCUUACGCAAAUGCUACAGCAGGAGCCGCAUCCUUCAGGAGAUCGGGGGUGGAUUAUCAACAUCUCAUCUAUCAUGGGUAUGAUUGUGGGCCCAGAGAACCCUUCUUAUUGCGCAUCAAAAGGAGCUGUCAGCCAACUCACACGGCAGAUCGCUCUGGACUAUGCCCCACACAAAAUCCAUGCUAAUGCGCUUUGCCCCGGAUAUACUCAAACUGCAAUUUUCAAGGAGACGACUACUCACUUAACCCCUUGGGAAGAUCUAAACCGCCGACACCCGUUAAAGGGCCCGGGAUUUCCAGACGACAUUGCCCGGAUGGCUGUUGUUUUUGCAAGCGAAGAUGUUAACUGGGUUACUGGGGUAUGUUUGCCAGUAGACGGCGGAUACACUGCCCGCUAGUUCUAAAUGAAAAUGUGAUGGCUGCAAUAACAGGAGGGUGAUGCUAGUGCAUACGGACUCAAAGCAACUCUGGGC